AUGGCCCAAGCUCACUGGGGAUGCUGCCCCUGGCUUGUCCUCCUCUGUGCUUUGGGUGCCUGGGGCCACCCAAAAUCAGUGGACCUGACGGCAGAGGACGUGAGAAACUGUUUAAUCAGCCCUCCGUACCUUCCAGUUACUGUAGUCAAUACCACAGCACAGCUCACAGCCCUCCGCCAGCAGAUGCACAUCCAGAAUCUUUUUGCCUACAUCAUCCCUGAAACGGAUGCCCACAUGAGUGAGUACAUCGGCACACGUGACAAGAGGCGUGCGUGGAUGACAGGCUUCACAGGGUCUGCAGGAACUGCAGUGGUAACCAUGGGGAAAGCAGGUCUCUGGACUGACAGUCGCUACUGGACCCAGGCUGAGCGGCAGAUGGACUGCAACUGGGAACUACAUAAAGAAGUUGAUACAGCUUCCAUAGUCGUCUGGCUCCUCACUGAGGUUCCUGCUGGAAAGCGUGUGGGUUUCGACCCCUUUCUCUUCUCCAUUGGUUCCUGGGAGAGUUAUAACAUGGCCCUCAUGAACUCUAACAUAAAACUGGUGUCCAUCACACCCAACCUUGUGGACCAGGCAUGGGGGUCAGAGAAGCCUCUGGUUCUGAGCCAGCCCAUUUAUGUCCUGCAGGAGGCAUUCACAGGGAACACCUGGCAGAAGAAAGUAUCUGACAUCCGCAGCCAGAUGCAAAAGCAUCCCAAGGCACCAACUGCUGUCCUUCUGUCAGCGCUUGAUGAGACGGCCUGGCUCUUCAACCUUCGUGGCAGUGACAUCCCUUAUAACCCCUUCUUCUACUCCUACACACUGCUCACAGACUCCUCUAUCAGGUUAUUUGUAAACAGGAGUUGCUUAAACUCUGAGACCCUGAAGUACCUCAACUCCAGCUGCACGGGCUCCAUGUGUGUGCAAGUCGAAGAUUACAGCCAAGUCCGUCACAACGUCCAAGCCUACGCCUCAGGAAAAGUGAAGAUCUGGAUCGGGACCAGCUAUACUACAUACGGGCUCUAUGAAGUGAUACCCACGGAGAAACUCAUAGAAGACACCUACUCCCCAGUGAUGGUGACCAAGGCGGUGAAAAAUAGCAAGGAACAGGCCCUCCUCAGGGCCAGCCACGUGCGGGACGCCGUGGCUGUGAUCCGCUACUUGGUGUGGCUGGAGAAGAACGUGCCCAAAGGCACCGUGGAUGAGUUCUCGGGGGCAGAGCUGCUCAACAAGUUCCGAGGAAAGGAACAGUUCUCCUCUGGACCCAGUUUCGAAACCAUCUCUGCUAGUGGCCUGAAUGCCGCCUUGGCCCACUACAGCCCGACCAAGGAGCUGCACCGCAAGCUAUCCUCAGAUGAGAUGUACCUGCUGGAUUCUGGGGGGCAAUACUGGGAUGGAACCACAGACAUCACCAGAACAGUCCACUGGGGCACCCCCUCUGCUUUCCAAAAGGAGGCAUACACCCGUGUGUUGAUCGGAAAUAUCGAUCUGUCCAGACUCAUCUUUCCUGCUAAUACAUCAGGGCGAAUGAUGGAGGUGUUUGCCCGCAGAGCCUUAUGGGAUGUUGGGCUGAAUUAUGGUCACGGGACAGGCCAUGGCAUUGGCAACUUCCUUUGUGUGCAUGAGUGGCCAGUGGGAUUCCAGUACAACAACAUCCCCAUGGCUAAGGGCAUGUUCACCUCCAUCGAACCUGGUUACUAUCAGGAUGGAGAAUUCGGGAUCCGUCUUGAAGAUGUGGCCCUUGUGGUAGAAGCAAAGACCAAGUACCCCGGGUCCUACCUGACCUUUGAAGUGGUAUCCUUGGUGCCCUAUGAUCGGAACCUCAUUGAUGUCAGCCUGCUGUCUCCUGAGCAGCUCCAGUACCUGAACCACUAUUACCAGACCAUCCGAGAGAAGGUGGGCCCGGAGCUCCAGCAACGGCAGCUGCUGGAGGAGUUCGAGUGGCUGCAGCAGCACACGGAGCCCCUGUCAGCAAAGGCCCCACAUACUGCCCCCUUGGCCUCUCUGUUGGCAGUCUCCUCUCUGGCCAUCCUUGGCUGCAGAGUCUAG